UUCAUUUCUCACUAACGCAUUCUCAUGACCAAUUUCAUGGCUCUCUCUCAUCUCCUUUCAGUGCUUUUUCUCCUUACCACCGCCACAACCGCCGCCGCCAACACCAUUACUAUCCCACUCACUCCUCUGGAAAUAAAGCACGCCUCUUCCGAUUCCUAUGGCUAUAAGCUCCUCAACUCAUUAGCCUCUUCUUCGCUUUCCAGAGCCCAACACCUCAAAUCAAAAUCACCAAUCAAAACAAAAACCAACUCUUCUUCUCUUUCAACUCCUUUAAGCUCUCACAGCUAUGGCGGCUACUCCAUUUCUCUCAGCUUCGGCACUCCUCCUCAAUUAGUGACUCUCAUUUUCGACACUGGUAGCAGCCUCGUUUGGUUCCCAUGUACCGCCCAUUAUCUUUGUUUUGGCUGUUAUUUCCCCAACGUUGACCCAGCUGACAUCUCUACUUUCAUUCCCAAAAAUUCUUCUACUUCAAAGCUUAUAGGCUGCAAGAAUCCGAAAUGUGCAUGGAUUUUAGGGUCGGAAAUUGCAUGUUCCCAAACUUGUCCUUCUUACAUGAUACAAUAUGGUUUAGGUUCGACAGCUGGAAUUUUGUUAUCUGAAACUCUAGAUUUUCCCAACAAAAAAUUCCCCGAUUUCCUAUCCGGAUGCUCCGUUGUCUCAACCCGACAACCCGCGGGCAUUGCCGGGUUUGGUCGUGGGAAGGAAUCGUUACCGUCUCAACUGGGUGUGGGUAAAUUCUCAUAUUGUUUACUUUCCCGUAAAUUUGACGACACGUCGGUCAGUAGUAACCUGGUUUUGGAUAUGGGGUCAGAUUCGGGUAAUUCCACGACUUCACAUGUGAGCUACACAACGUUUUUGAAGAACCCAACGGGGGCUGAUCCUGCUUUUCGACAAUAUUAUUAUGUGCUUUUACGAAAAAUUGUCGUUGGAACUCGGCGCGUUAAGAUUCCGUACCGAUUUUCGUCACCCGGAUCCGACGGAAACGGAGGAACCAUUGUGGAUUCGGGUUCAACGUUCACUUUCAUGGAGAAACCCGUUUUUGAUGCUGUGGCAGAGGAAUUCAUAAAACAAGUGGGGAACGAUAGCAGGGCACCAAAGGAAGAAAUUGAGUCCGGUUUAAGGCCAUGUUUCAAGAUUUCGGGCGAUAAAUCGGUUAAUAUUCCGAAAUUGACUUUCCGAUUCAAAGGUGGAUCAAAAAUGGCUUUACCAUUGGAGAAUUAUUUUGCGUUUUAUGGUAAUAAAAGCGCCAUUUGUUUGACGAUUGUCACCGAAAAUUCGGUGGAACCCGGGAUCAGCAGCACCGGACCGGCGAUCAUUUUGGGGAGUUUUCAGGUGCAGAAUUUUUACUUGGAGUUUAAUUUGGCUCAAGAAAAAUUCGGAUUCGCUAGGAAAAAUUGCUCAGGAAGGCAAAAGUGAUUGUCGUCAUGUGAAAAAUAAAACGGUGCCGUUUCUGUGUUAAACAUUGCAAUUGAAAUUUGAUAGGAUGAAUUUGGAAGAGAGAUGGAUGAAAAACAGUGAGGUGGGUGUAUUUAGUUGGGAUGAAAUUGUGAAAAUGAUAAGAUGAUGGUGACUUGGUAAAUUUUACUUAACUUUUGUGAUGCAUUAAGUCUAGCAAAAAGGAAUAAAGGGACUUGUGUUUACUUUGAAACCGUCAAUUGUGAUGUAAAGAGAAACUGUUGAAAUA